AGCGGCUGAGAGUGCGAAUCUUGUUUGGUCUGGGUCUGUGAACUAAAGAGUGACUUUAACGACUUAUUAGGGGUUACAAGAACGAGAGACAGAGAGAGCGAGGAAAAAAACAACAACAAAAGUCCCAUCAGUUGCAAUCGAACAACAUUUCAAAUGAAUACGGAGAACAGAGAAAGGAUAAUUAUUUCCUAUCUUCGUAAGAUAUGAAAAUGCUCCGAGCCAGUCUGGCUCAAACCCCUGGGUGCAUGUACUUCUGAACUUGUAUGUGGGCUACACCACACAUGCAUCGUUUAUUAUGUAUUAAAAUAUGCUAGUUUCACGAUGCCCUCAUUACUUUAUAGACAGAAAGCAACUUAGAACUGGCUCAGAUCUGAUCGAGGAAAUUAACAGCGAAGUUAACAUACGCAUCAUUGAUUGCGAUUAUUUGAAAGCAAUCUGAAGGGAAGGAUUAACAAUCAUUAAACCAUGUUCACCGUUAAUAUCUGGUGGAGGUGUUGUCGGGUAUUAGUCCGAUUUGAUGUGGUGGGCAGGAGCGCGGCGAGACCCGUCACGCGGGUAGUGCUAUAGAGAACAGUGAAGUGGUGAAUGGCAAUUUGUCGCUGAACUUAAGCGCUCUGCUGUCAGCCAGCGACGCGGGAGUCGCGCGCAAAGCACACCGGUGCGCGUGGAAGUCUCGAACUCGCCAACUCCGCAAACAGGGACACAAGUUGGGACGCAUGAACUGCUAAUCAAUCGUUACCGGCGCUACGCUUCGGGUAACAUGCCUGCCAUCAAAAAGGAGAGAUUGGAUGGAGAAGAAAUGGCAUUAGCCGCCUUCAACCAGCCCGAAUACCUGGCCCCUUUAAAUGCCACCGCUAUCCCCGUGGUGACCCCUCAUCCGCCGCCGUACGACCACAUUUUCGCCCAUCAUCACCGCGCGUACUUGGGGCUUCACGACAGCGCGCUGCAUCAACAGCACCUUCACCAUCACCCGGACGACUUCAUGCUGGAGAGGUUCUCCUCUAUCCCGGACUUUCAGCCGUUUUUCGACAACGGGGAACCUUUUAUCGAAGUGGAAUGCGGGGAAAACAAAGCACUACUGUACAUUAACAAACUAUGCCAGGGCAGCAAAGGGCCCUCCAUCAAAUACCGGGGUGAGUGGCUCACCCCAAACGAGUUCCAGUUUGUGAGUGGAAGAGAGACAGCCAAAGACUGGAAACGGAGCAUAAGGCACAAAGGGAAAAGUCUGAAGACACUUAUGUCCAAAGGAAUCUUACAGGUACAUCCUCCAAUCUGUGACUGCCCUGGUUGUAGAAUUUCAUCUCCUGUGAACCGUGGGCGACUGGCAGAGAAGCGCACCAUUCCCUUGCCGCCAACACGGGUGCCCAAAAAGGAGCUGGCGUCCGUUUUCAGCAGUGACGACAGUGAAGGCAGCGAGCGGGCCAGUGGAGAUCAUGCAGACAUCAAACAGGAAGAGCUGCAUUACUCUAUCAUGAGAAAGAGUCGUGACAGUGACCUCUCAACGAUCAUCUCCAACCUGCACCACACCCGACAGCACGGCAUGCCCGAGGGCCAGCCCUGCUCCGACCUUAGCCUCGCCUCCGCUCACUCAGAUGACAUUCUAGGCAAGAGGAGAGUCUACUCCCCCAACAGCAGCAGCGAGUGCCCAUCUGACAGCAAGAAGUCCCGAAGCGUGUCACCCAAAGAGAACUCUCACACGUCUGCACUGGAGCCAGGCAGUCACAUGACCCCCGAGGAGCACUACAGGCGCAUGAUGUCAGCUCUGAAUGAGCAUGGCUCUUACGAGGAGCAGCAGCAGCGCCUGUACCAGCUGGCUAACAACAUGGGCAUCCCAAGCCACGAGCUGUUGCGUGUGCGUCAGGAAGCCAUGGCUGCCGUUAGAAACCCUGGAGGAAUGGACGCCCACGUCCCCACUGCAGGCAGCUCCUCAAGCCAACGACGCAAACAGGGCCUGCCCCAGCACAGAGAUGCGCACUUCCCUGAGCGAGACAUCUCACACCCUCCUCCAUUGCUGACCCCGCAGAAUGCUCCUCACAUCGCUCUGGGGCCUCAUCUGCGUCCCCCAUUCCUGGGCAUGCCUUCUGCCCUCUGCCAAGCCCCAGGCUAUGGUUUCCUGCAGCCUGCUCAGGCAGAGAUGUUUGCACGUCAACAAGAGAUUCUUCGUAAACAGAACCUUGCUAGGUUGGAAAUGUCUGCUGAGUUGUUGAGGCAGAAGGAGUUAGAGAACCUACACAGGCAGCGACUGCUGGCUGACCCGCUGGGUUUGCAUCCCGGGUUACCCGCCGAACACCCUGCUCUGCGCAGCCUUCAGGAAAUCCCAGAGGGCCACCCGCUCCGAGAGGAGCUCAAUCGCCGCAACGCCAUGCUGGUUUUACGCCACAACAACACCCCGUUACUCUCCCUCAACUACCAGGGGGCAGCAGCAGGCACUUCCUCUAAAGACCUCAGCAACAGGAAGAGCCUGAGGAAAGGAGGACCACUCCGGGGGGACCAACAUGGGGGGUCGUCUGAGAAUAAAGAGUUGGAGGGCUGUACAAGGGACGAAGACAACGAGGGACAGGAUGAGGACAUGAAAGACUCUGAGAAUGAUGCAGAGGUUGAAGACAGGCCUGAGAGGACUUCCAAAGUGGAUGGACAUGGGCUCAGUUCAGAGGUGUGCCAAGGCAAGGAUAUGACCAAGUCUAGUGAAGGGGCGAAGGAGUUGGGAGAGGGGUCGGGCAGGCUCAGUGUCCCUUGUAGCUCCACUGGGCAGGAGUCACCAACCCACCACCUCUUCACAUCAGGACUGAGCAAGAGUGAGGCCAAAUAUCUGCCACCAGGAACUAUACCAACCUUACCCACCCUGCCUGGACAGACGCUGCCCUUCACCUUUCCAUAUACCAGCCCUUACUUUCACAGCGGCGCCAUGGGAGGUCUUUUCGUGGACGGAGAAGAGGCGGGAGCAGCCGAGGACAUUAGCAAGUGGAGUGUGGAGGAGGUGUGCAGCUUCAUCAGCAGCCUAGCAGGCUGUGGGGAUUACACACAGGUGUUCAGAGAGCAGGCCAUUGAUGGCGAGACUCUUCCAUUGCUGACAGAAGACCACCUCCUUAACAACAUGGGUUUGAAACUGGGGCCUGCACUCAAGAUCCGCUCUCAGGUGGCGCGACGCAUUGGCAGAAUAUUCUACAUGACCAGCUUCCCGCUGGCCCUCCCGCUGCCGCCAUCUGCUAUACGCCCAAAAGACAGAGACCCCCUGCCUGCCGAGACCCGCCCUCCUUCCACCGGCAGCACUUCCUCGCCAUUCAGUGUGCCCGCCUGCCGCGCCUCCCCUAAGCAGGAGAACGGAAACCCAUCCGCAGCAGGAGCCUACGACUCUACUAAACCUCCCUCGUAGAGUUGGCCAUUAAAACUCUUGACUGCUUCUCCAUAUGGCAGAGGCAGUGCUCCAAGGAGGAGGUAAAGACGGAGAAAAGGCAUGAAGGGGGCCCCCUUUGAACUAUUCUUUUCUUCCUCUCAUCCUCCCCUGCCACCCCACCAUAUACCCCUCCCAAAAUAAAAAGGACCUUUAUGCAGAGGUACUUAAUCUUUUUAGGAAAAGUGUGGAGAAAUGUGCCGAAUGAAGAGAGACAGUGAUGAAACAAUGCGGGCUGAAACAGCUCCACCCUUCGCAAUGGCUUUGAGGAAGCCAAAAAAUCCAAAGAUGUGCAAAUAGGGACUUGGGGACGAGACAGGAAGCAUUAUAGUGUGCGAGAGGAGAACGUGAGUAGACAGCUGCUCUUAAACGGCAUGCCAGAAUUCAGCUAGUGCACAAGGUCAAACAGACACUGUAGAAAAGCAUCUUUCGAUGAGACGUGGUAACUUGUGGUAUCCAUCAGGACUUGGAAAGAGACAUUUUCUUUUCCUGGUUUCUCUCCACCUCCUUCAACUUCCAUUGUUUCAAAUUCCUGUGAGUUGGUUUAGCUUUGAGAGACUAAACCCCCCAAAGAGGAGUCAGUAUGAACUGGAUGGAACUCAUUUGCAGUUUUAACCAGUGCAACUAUGCAUUCCACCAGUCCAAAGCCAAAGGUUGGCUAGAUGUGGAAUUUUUAAUGGAGAUCAAAUAUUGAUUUUGCCAGUGACGAAACAAGGUACACAGAUACAGGGAGGUGGGAUCACAAAUGACCUCAAAAAGACAAAGAGACGUGGAAAGCACUUAAACUUCCUGUGACCAAAACCAUCAUCCAAAGCAAUGACCCAACCGCUCACCUUACAAAUGUCUGGGCCCCAUUUUACUUUCACUACCGUGUAGGAGGAGCAUCGGAGAUGGAUGUACUGGUAUGCCCGUCCCAAUGCCAGUCCAUAGACGGAGGUCACAGUUACUGCUGUGGGAACUGUUAUCCAUAAUUGUACAAAAACAUGCUCAAGAUGAGAAUAUAAUGAAGAUGAAAUAAGUGGUACGUUUUGUUAAAUGUAGUUGCACGAAUUUAAAUUUUUAUUGAACAAAAUUUGACUGGCGACUGACUUGGUGGUACUUUUUGUUCAGCUUUUUCUGUUUGCUGUGUAUUGCAGUUUUAAUAAUCAUGAGCCGCACUCUUAAAGGCCACUCAGCAUAUCAGGAAAAAAGUAAUAUUUAUAGGGACUUCUGUUUGCCGUAGUUCGAGCAACAAAAUAUAAGUAAAUUGCCCUUAACUUGAACCCAAAGAACAAUACUUUUCUCUUUGUUGCAGGGAAACAGAAGGCACAAAGCUCUUUAUGCAAAUCUUUUAAAUUGUUUGUUUGUUUUUAAAUAUGUAAGCAAUUAAUUAAAAUCGUCUCUAGAUUUCCCAUCAAUGUUUUUGUCUUUAUCCUAUUUUUCUAUUCUCCACUGAGUGAAAUAAAUCCUAUUGAAAACUUA